UACUAGAACCAAAACAACGUUUUGCGCAGUUUGCGUUCGACGUAACGUGUUGUUCGUGUAAAAAUUAUUUGCGCAUUUUUAGGCCUCCUGUUAAUUUUAUUUCGGUUAUUUUACGUUUUACGCAGCAAAUGUAUGUGUAAACGUUUGUAGCAAAUAAUAUGGGUUAUAUAAUUUGUUUUUGCACACCACGUAAUGUAUUAUUCAAUGACAAGAAAAAGCUAAUUCACACAGAUAUUGCCACGAAGGGGGUUUUAUUAUAACUAAUAUUUAAAAUUCGAAUAAUCAGUUUUCGUCGUCGUCUGCUCGCAGCCGAUCAGUUUACGCCUCAUACUCAACUAUAAAGAGGUUGUUAAACCAGACCACAGCUGUUCGAAACCUUAUUACAUCCAUUUAACGCCAACAUAGUUUUGUUUCAGAAUUUGAGCUUCAUAAUAUAUUUUUACUUAUUAGAAAGUCGAAAGGAGACGCAUUAGCAGAAUUUCACUGCCAAAUUUCGUCCAAAGCUAAAUCCAUCAAUCUACACGAAUGUUUACGUGUUCAUUCACACGCAUUGUGUUCGCGGGUGUGUGCGAGUCGUUGCGCGGUGCGCCUGCGCAAAACGACUCGGCCUUCUUUGUUUGUUGACAAGCGGGGUGCAACAAGCGAGCCCAAGCGUCAAUUCGCGUGCGGACGCCGCGCAAGACCGACGUCAGUUGCUACACCGCUCUUUGUUUAGAGCAUUCGCGUUAUCGCGUUGGCUAAAUAUAGUGCGAGUUGUUUUUUUGGAGAAAAUAUUUUUUUCUUCACCUCAUCCGCGCAAUAUAGUGUUGUGUUGUGAGUGUUGUCGACAGUGUUGUUCCCACGUCUCAAAAUAACGUCGCUGCUGUGCCAAAAGAGGGUGGCGGGUGCAGGGUGGGAGCGCGCGGCGCGGUGCGAGAGCGCGCGCGGGAGGUGACCGACGGCGCUCGCGGCUCAUGUGGGCGGCGGGGGCUUGCUGCUCACGCCAGGCAGGCGAGAGCGGCGGCGGCGCGCCGGCCGUCAAGACGCCGGUGAAGACCUUCCAGGCGUACCUGCCGCCGGCGCACCGCACAUACAGCUGCAUACACUGCCGCGCGCACCUGGCCAGCCACGACGAACUUAUAUCAAAGUCGUUCCAAGGCAGCCAGGGGCGCGCGUAUCUCUUCAAUUCUGUUGUGAAUGUGGGCUGCGGUCCGGCGGAGGAGCGCGUGUUGCUGACUGGUCUACACGCAGUCGCGGACAUAUACUGCGAGUGCUGCAAAACCAUGCUCGGCUGGAAAUAUGAGCACGCGUUUGAAUCAAGUCAGAAAUACAAAGAGGGCAAGUUCAUCAUAGAACUGGCUCACAUGGUGAAAGAGAACGGGUGGGACUAAACGCGCGGGCGGUCGACACGCGGCCGCCGGCUGGCCGGUGGCGGACUGUGCUGGAGGUCAUGGAGUUUUGUGAUAAUCGCGGCGGGAGCAACGCUGGCGCGUCAAUUACCCCGUUAACGAUGAUAUACACCACGAGUGUUCCUUUACGGCCCUAACUGCAGCGCGAUGAACUCCCGGCGCGAGCUGGAGCCGUCGUGAUGUCGCGACAGGCGAGUCCCACGGUGCCUCGCCUAGCUAGUGUUGACGGUCGACUUUGUCGGGCAGUGAUGUGGGUCCGGUCGUGUUUCGGAGUACAACGAGGACGGUGAGCCCCGCGAGCUCCUCGCCGGCGACGUGCGACGAAUAAAUCUGAAUUAUUUUUGUCACACUAAUUGCUAUUGGAGUGUCGGCGGCGCCGGCGCGGGUGCGGCGGGGUGCGCGCGGGGUGCGGCGGGGUGCGGUGAGGGUGCGGUGCCGCCGCGCCGCAGUGGAGACAUCGCCUUAUGUGCUCUUUUCGUACUUUAGUGCUUCAGCUUGUUCACCGCCAGUCGACGUAAUGUUAUUAUUGUUAUUGUGUAAGUAACCGAUCUCAACAGCCCCGCGCCGGGGCCAUGGGUUUAGAAUUUAUUAUUAAUUUUUAAAACGAUUUCGUUUGCGCCGCGCCACCUCGUGCCGCGGCGCCAGUACAUCGUAAGUUGUCUUAGUUUUUAUAUUACGUAGCGUUGUACUGCAUUAAGAGAACACUAAUACUUUCUCUUGUCCCCUUUAACCUGUGAUAAGUAUGUUAGUAUGUAGAGAAAAACAAUGAAUUUCUUGAAGGAUGUUGUUCAAGAAGUUGCUCAGAGACGUCAUAUGUAUGUUCCUAACGAAUUCAGCUGUACAAUAUGCUUUUUUAUAUAUUUUUGUGAGGAAACUAGUCGAACCUCGGACUUGGAGAUUUCCGAUUUUAUUUUAAUUUGCACCCGACGAUGGCGUUUUUUUUUGUUAAUUAUUAUUUUCGACUUUUCCUCAUUUUCGCUACAGCUGAGUGGGCGGAAUGGAAAUCUGGUAAUUAGACGAUAGUAGAGAAGAGAAUCAAAACUCUGAGAUGAUUUUUAUACGGAAGCGGAGCGGGAAUUUGAUGGUUUUAUUAUUCAUUUAUUGUUUUCAUAAAAAUGUGUAACGCGUAGUACAUUAUUAUCCAUAUAUUUUAUUAUUACUGCAUGGUACGUCAUUUGAGAUUGUGUAAACGUAUCAUUGUAAGAAAUUGCAUGAGCUUCAAGUAUAUUUAUAACAAUUGUAUAUUUCGGAUACACUGAGCGGUAUCGAGGCGCGGUCACACAGCCUACAGGCUCACCUACAAUUAAUACGACUGAUAUUUACUGAUACAUCCUACGCCGAAACAUGCCCUACCGCUAUUUUCAUCGAAACAAACUGGUUCUGCUGUAUUUGUACUUUAAGGAAAAAUAAACGUAAACAACAUUGAUUUGUCCGACUUACGGCGUAAAUAGAAAACAAUUUAACCACAACACAGUUAAAGGAAACAGCCCAAUAAUAAAAUAUGAACAUAAAUACAAACUCUUUGUUUGUUCGUAGGAUGUAUCAUGUGUUACCUUUGCCUACUAUGACUAAAACGACUGAUUCACAAACGAACCAUAGAGGUUAUAAAUUACAAUGUCGGUAUUCUGCGUGACCGCGCCAAAACCUCUCAUGCCUGAGUUACAAAAACAGUAAUUUUAUUAAACUUGACGUCCGACAUGAACAGUAAGUGUAAUAAACGAUUUAAAUAUAUAAUUGUACGCCAAUCUGCCGUCGCAUAACAGUUGUAUCAUGAGCGUUGAUAACUGCCACUAGUGUAUACAUUUAUUACAUACAUUAUUAUAUAAAGAUCAACGUAAGACGCUCGAUUGAUGUUUGGAAAUAUAAGGUACUCUUUCGUCGCAGUUUACAAUUUAUCAUGCACAUUUAUAAAUAAAAAACUUAUACUUUAACAAUGAAUGAAGUAUACACGACAGAUAUAUUUUUUGCGCGGGAACAAGAACGGUCUAUGAACGAACUUUACUCAUCUGUGGUUAUAGUUUUAUUUUGACAUAAAUUUUGGCAUUGGCAUGGUGAAACAAUCUGACGGAAGUUUACACCAGCCUAGCGCAACAAGGAACAAAAAAUAUUUUGUAUGGAAUUGACAUGGCAUUUAAUGGCGGAUACUGCUAUCUCUCUCUCUCAGUACAGUUUCUCUUUCUAUUCCUCACCGCCAUUAUUAUUGUU